AUGAGACAAGUAAUUGUGGACAGAAGGAUGGUAGGUAUUGAAAGUUUAGCAUUUUCAAACAAUGUGCCUACUGAUUACUUUGUUUGGCAGAAUGCUACCAAGUGUCUUAUCAGAGUUUUCCAGCAGAUUGGCCCAGAUUCAACUGCAUUGUAUGUUCUGCCAAAACUAAAGGAGUUAUUCGACGAGUUUGCUUUUUCUCAGAAGAACACAUAUUCUGUUAAUUUGACUGGGAACAUGUCAGGGUCUAAAGUGAAAGUGGGUGAGGAAGAUUGCAUUGAAAACCGAAUGGACUUGGUGUUACUUUUAUAUCCUCAAUUUGCUUCUCUACUUGGAAUAGAGAGACUCCGCCAGUGCUGUGCUACAUGGUUGCUCAUUGAGCAGUUCCUUUUACGACAUCAUAAUUGGAGGUGGGAAUGUGCAGGGGAUUCCUAUCGAAGUGUUCCAGAUAUCCCAAGUGGUAGAAGACUCUCUCAGAAGGGCUCAGCAUCUGAAAAUACAUCUGCUAAACUCUUACUCAAUGGGGUUGGAUGGUCAAGACCACAAUCACAUGGUAAAAAGAGUACCAAAACCAUCACACCGAGUAAAAGUAUGUAUGAGUUGUACCAGAAUCCGGCUGAGAGGAUUGGAACAACUUCCAGUUUAGGAGUGCAGGAACCUUGGUAUUGGUUUCCUAGUCCUGCAUCUAAUUGGAAUGGGCUUGAUUUUGCAACUCGUGCUGGAGGUCUGAAGGUUGAACUUCCAUGGAAAAUCAGAGCAUCUAUCGUACAAUCUGUUCGUGCACAUCAUGGAGCUCUGAGAUCUUUUGUUGUUUGUCAGAAUGAGUAUACUGUUUUCACAGCAGGAGUUGGGCCAGGAUUCAAGGGAAAUAUUCAGAAGUGGGAUUUGUCAAGGGUGGACUGCAUGUCAAGCUAUAAUGGUCAUGAUGAGGUUUGUGUCAGUGAUACCGAUAUGCAUCUUAAUAGUUUAUUAGUUUUUCAGCUGUCAUUAGUUUGUUAAAGAUAAGUUUAUCUCUUAGAGCUUUAUUUGGAUUAGGAGUCUUUGUUUGAUUAGGAGUCUAGUAUAUAUCUUUAUAGUUUUAUUGAAGUUGAACUCUUUUAUAGAGUCUCUACAAUAGGGCUUUGCUCAGAAUUAAAGUUUGGUUCAACUAUUUUUGCUGUGGCUUUUUCGGAGGAUGGUCUCUUAGUCACAGGAGGAGUAUUUAACCUUU